UUGAAAUCAAGCAUAGUGACACACCUUUAAUCCCAGCACUCAGAAAACAGAGGCAGGCAGAUCUCUGUGAGUUCAAGGCCAGUCUACACAGCCAGAGCUCUCUCCAAAAAAGAAAUCCAAAUAAUUAAAAUUUAUUUGAGGGGCCAUUAAGAUGGGUCCAAGUAAAAGUGCCUGUUACUGCCAUGUGUGAUGGCCUGAGUUCAAGUCCCAGGGUCCACAUGCUCAAAGACUCCAAUCUUCCAUUAAAAAUUAAAAAAAAAAGACCUCCACAUGGGCACUGUGACAUACUCACAAAUACACAUAAUACAUGCAUGUAAGUAAAGUAAUUUUAAAAAUUAUUUGAUUUAGAUACAUGAUGAGUUUGAAACCUAGGUUAUGCAGCAUCACAUGGAAAAGUGACCAUGUGGAGCUGAGGGCAUAGUUUAGUGGUGGCGCACAUGCUUAGCUUCUGUAAGACAGAGAGAUCCUGUCUCGAAAAACCAACACACACACACACACCCUGAAGAAGUAAGAGGACAUACAGGUGCCAGCCAGGCUUGGAAGAUUCAAUUUUUAGCCCUCUGAUGGCAGCCUAUGGCCCAGGUGCAUAUGGGGUCUCUAGAGCCCCACAGAUUAGGAAAUGGAUGUUGUUCUGACAGUUUUGCAUGUGGUUACAGGGCAGUCAAGGUGACAGCAAGAAUGCCAAGAAAAAGAACAAUAAGAAGACCAACAAAAACAAAAGCAGCAUUAGCCGCGCCAACAAGAAGAAGCCUAGCAUGCCCAAUGUGUCCAACGACUUGUCCCAGAAGCUAUAUGCCACCAUGGAGAAGCAUAAGGAGGUCUUCUUUGUGAUUCAUCUGCAUGCUGGACCUGUUAUCAGCACUCAGCCCCCCAUCGUGGACCCUGACCCCCUACUCAGCUGUGAUCUCAUGGAUGGGCGUGAUGCUUUCCUCACUCUGGCCAGAGACAAGCACUGGGAGUUCUCUUCCUUACGCCGCUCCAAAUGGUCCACUCUGUGCAUGCUGGUGGAGCUGCACACACAAGGCCAGGACCGCUUUGUCUAUACCUGCAAUGAGUGUAAACACCACGUAGAGACACGCUGGCACUGUACUGUGUGUGAGGUAAGCCCCACCACCUCCCCUCUGACCUUUCCCCAUAGGUAGAUGUAGAAUUCCAGCAUCAGGAAUGGAUGUAGAUGUUGUCAUCUCUACACAACACUGUUUGUGCUUUCUCUCCCAUCAUGGGGAGCCAGGCAUGAGUGGCACCCUUGUUGUCCUCUUAUUUUGUGCCCUUGUCCGCCACAGCUACAGGCCAUGUGCUGAGGCAGCCUGACUCUGGAAAGACUUUGGAACACUUUGAUUCUACAGGAAUUCCUGUGUAUUUAUCUCUUCCUAGCCUUGCUAAGGGCUUAGGGAUGCCUUUUGUCCUAAUGACAGGUUGACACCUUUGAUCAGGUCUAAUGGCAGGACUUUCAUGUCUCCUGUCUUCAGCAUGUAGAGCUUGUCCUGGUCAGGGCAAAAGCUGUCUAACUCUUCCUUCUUCGCUCACCUUUCAAUUCUUGUUUUUCC